UCUCUGCUUUCUCUUUCUUUUUGUGAUGAUAUUUAUUUUUUUCUAUAUCUUCUGGAGUCUCUCUUCUGUCUCUACGAUCAAGAUCCAACGGUCCAAAAUGCAGGGAGCUCUUAACGCUUGUUUCUUCAUGUUUUAGAGCCUCAAACCUCCAGAUCUGCUCUCUCUGUGCUCAGAUCUUCAUUCCUGAUCUAACGGUCAUGGAUCCUGUUUUCGCAGGUUUCUCUAUUUUUUCCUUUUUUUGACGCCCGCAAAUGGAGGCUCGAUACGGAUCAGUGACAGUUACCCUUACUAACGGCUUGCUAAUGUGCGCCUGCGCCUGCGAGGUUUUGACUACUUUACUAGUUUCUGCUUUCUUCGAAGCCCAACUUUUGGCCCAGGAUCCCUGUGGGUUGUUGCUGACUGCUAAACCUAGAAUGAAGGGAGAUGAGGCACAAGGGCAUGAUAUUAAUCCAGUUGAUGCAGAAGGAGAUGAUGACAAUGAUCAUGAUGACGACGAUGAGGAGGAAGGGGGUGAUGGAUUAGGAGAAGGUGAAGAGGAACUGUCCUCUGAAGAUGGAGGUGACUUGGGCAACAAUCCCAACAAUAACAAGAGUAACUCAAAGAAGGGUCCAGGUGGUGGAGCAGGCGGGGCAGACGAGAAUGGAGAAGAGGAACAAGACGAUGAUGAAGAUGAUGGCGAAGGUCAAGACGACGAUGAAGAAGAUGAUGACGACGACGACGAUGAUGACGAUGACGAUGACGGCGGGGAAGAGGCUGAGGAAGAAGUUGAGGAGGUAGAGAACGAAGAGGAAGAAGAAGAUGAAGAUGAGGAAGCCCUCCAGCCCCCAAAGAAGAGGAAGAAGUGAAGUAGGAGAAUAGUGAAAGCCUCCUCACUCCAGAUACACUGUUUGUUUCUCAGUGACUUGUUAUCUAACUUUGUUAAUCUACUUAGAUUACGAGGAGGCCUGUUUAGGAUAAUGGUAUUAUGCAUAAUUAUCGUAUUUUCCUUGCAUGGUUAGAGAGCACUCUAGAACUGUGAGCUGCGGCAAUGAUUAAUUCGAGAAACGUGAUGAUUAUGAUCUUUAGCCACACAA